AUGGUAAAACAGGUUGAGGAAGCCCGUGAAAGAAUUAAAAGGUUGCACCCUUUGGCUUCAGUUCCCCUUGUAAAGGUGUUUCCAGCUUUCGCAUGUUGCUUGAGAUGCUGUUCGAAGCCAAAUAAAUACUCUUAAUUAGUUAAUGACGAGGAUAGAGAUGAUCUAUAAAGACUUGAUACUAUAGCCAAAGAUCUUGGUAUUUCUAUAGAUCAAGAAGAGAAUGGAAAUCAGAAACUAAACAAUAAUGUUAAUAAUCCCAGCGAUGAUCCAUAUCUCAAUCUUGGAUUCGGCAUAGUUGCUUACUUCAGAAUGAUUUAGACUAUGAUUUUCCUAUUUUUCGUGUUUACACUGCUCUCUAUACCAGCUAUUUUCAUUUAUAGUUCUCAUAACGGCCUGGAAGGACUAUAAAAUUACUCUAGAGCCAAAUACAGUUUAGGUAAUAUGGGUUUCUCAAAUGCUGUUUGCUAGUCUAUGUAUAUUGGAAUCGAGAGUCCUCAGUAAAUUAAAUGCAAGGAGGGCAAGAUUAAGAAACUUUUCAGUUAUGGAAUUAUUCCCAUUGAAAGUGGCAAUGAGGCUUAUUGCGGCUUAGCUUCAAAAGGAAAUGAUAAGAUCUAAUAUUGCUCAUCACCUCAAUAUAUUGAUUCUGAUAGCCUUAAUAAAGACUUUGAGACUAGCUGCAAAGGCAAGAGUUAAUGUGAUAAACCAAUUUACUAUCACCACUAUGUCAAAUUUGAUAUCAAGGACAAUUGUAAUGCUGAUCACGCCCUAUUUUAUCUUCAAUAUUUCUGCGAGCAAGAGAAUGGCGAUGUCAAUGAUAAGAGACAAGAGGCCUUGAUAGUAGCAUGCAUGGGCAUAUUUAUUUCAUUGAUAUUCUUAUGUGCUGUUUACUAUUUGUUUGAGAGUUCUAAAAUUGACUACAAAAUGUGGGAUGUAGAUACUGUAACGGCAGCAGACUUCACAGUUGAAAGUAUUAUAUCAUAAGAAGCAUGGGAUAAGUUUGUAGGCAUAUAUGCUAAAAACUUACAACCUAAUGAGACCUUAGUCAAUAAAUUCCAUGAAGUUUAUUAAAAAGAAGUUGAAAAAGUUGUCUCAAUGGAGGAAGGAGUUUUAUCACAAAGUUAAAACUAAGAUAUCAGAGUAUCUAAUAUUACCUUUGCCUUUGAUAAUGUGGAACUUUUGAAACUAUUAUAAAAGAGAGGCAUGAUGGUGACAAAAGCUCUUCUAAACAAAAUAAAGCAGAUAGAUGAUGAGAUCAAUAACAUCAAAGAUUAAAAGAGAAAACAACUUACAAGGCCUGUCGCUGCUUUCAUUACAUUUGAAACUUAAGAGGGAUAUGAGAGAGCUUGCAAUAUUAAGGGUAAAAAGAACUGGAAAUAGGAAAUAGUAUCCUCAAAGCAUAUGUUCUAAGAUUAGCCACUCUGCUUCUAAGAAGCUCCAGAGCCCACCAAUAUUAUUUGGGAAAAUAGAGAUAGAACAUUCAAGCAAUAAACAACCAGAAAAAUCAUAGUCUUGGUUGUUAUAAUAAUUCUGCUGCUCUUAGCAUUCGCAGCAUUCUUCUUCCUAAAGUAAUAAACCAUAAGAAACUAUUAAAAAUAUCCACCUACAACUGAUUGUUAGUCAAUUCUCGACAUGUUUGAUGGUGGAAUUGAUAAUACUGAGUUCAGAGGCUAUGCAGAUUUCGAUGGCCCGCUAACAGAGUCAAGGAAAGGUACAGGUAUCUACUAAUGCUAUUGUUAAGAAUACAAAAAAUAGAAAGGAAAUUUAGAUAAUGCAAAGAUAUGCGAUGACUAUUCAUAAGACUAGCUUAUUGGAUUAGGACUUUCAAAAGUAGUCUCAGUUGCCAUUGUCAUUAUCAAUUUCGUACUUAGAACUCUUAAUAUGGGAUUAAUCUCAUUUAUUGGUUAUUAUACAGAGAGUCAAUAAACCUUAGUCAUCAAGUCUAGCAUUUUCAUAUCAUAAUUCUUCAAUACUGCUAUUUUAUUGAUCUUGACAAAUGCUAACACUUAGCAAACAUUUUUGUCUUUCAUUCCAUUCGAAGGGCAAUAUCCAGAUCUUACAUUUGAGUGGUAUAAUGAUAUCGGCUCCUCACUGGUAAUUACUAUGCUCACGGCUGCUUUAUGGCCUAUUAUUGAAUUUGUGAUGUUCUCUGGAUUAAAGUAAUUCUUUAGAUUAUUAGAUAGAAGCUUUUCAUGCAAUCCAAACAAGACUAAAUGCAAAACAGUUUAAUAAUAUGUUAAUCUUUAUUCAGGACCUGACUAUCUUAUGCAUUUUAAAUACUCUGCUAUGUUGAACGUUACAUUCGUGACAUUUAUGUAUGGCUUAGCUAUUCCAUUGUUAUUCCCAAUUGCCUUUUUAUACUUUAUUGUGCUUUACGUUGUUGAAAAGCUGUGCUUGACUUACUACUUUAAAAAGCCACCUAUGUAUGAUGAAAAAUUAAACGAGAGUGUAAUUGGGACCAUGAAGUGGGCUCCUGUGUUCAUGAUGAUCUUUGGCUAUUGGAUUAUGGGUAAUAGACAAAUCUUCCACAAUGUAGUCAUCGAAAAUUAACUUAAGUCAGAUCCUAUUCAAACAGAUCAUGCAGGUUAUGAUAUUUCUAUUGAUGUGUCUUUACCAUUAUUUAUAAUGGGUAUCGUAAUGUUUAUAUUCAUCUUCUUCAAUGAUCUCUUCCUUACAAUACUUCUAAAACUUAGAAUCAUUAAAGAAGAUAAAGAGGAUGAAGUUGAUGAAAAGCUAGGUACUUACGUAUAAUGCUUAGGCAAGAAAAAUAGACAAAUGUGGAGAAUUGAGGAGUAGCACAUGAGAAAAGAAUUUGGAAUAAAAACAUUAAAUGAGAAUACACUAGCUGAGAUGAAGAAUAAUAAGACUCAUAACAAACUUAUCAAAACAUGUCCAAACUAUGAAAUUACAACUAACCCUAAAUAUUCUGCUGCGUUCUAAUACACAUCAGUUGAUAUGAGAGACACUGAGGAGGAGAAACAUACCUCAGAUAUGGUUGCUAAGAUGCUAUAUCUUGCUUAUUUCUCUAAAGAAGAAUAGAAAAAAUUCGUCUUCAAAGGAGCCUAAAAUAUAUUCAAGAACGGAAUGAGUCUUAAAUUUGGCAAGCAGGAUGACUUCAAAGCUAUUCAGCCAUCUCUUGAAAAUGAAGAGGAGGGAAAGCGUGAUAUUGAAUGA